AAAUCUCUUUUUUCUUUCUUUCUCAAAUACCCUUUUGCUCAGAAGUGAACAGCCCUUGUUCACAUACCAGAAAAAGCAAAGUUAGGAAGAAAAAAAAUGUCUGGGGUGUGGAUGUUCAAGAAUAAUGGUGUGUAUCGGUUGGUGGAAAACCCUCAAGCUGAAGGGUCAGACGGAAGACAAGGGAAGGGAAGUAGCUCAAAGAGAAAGGUUUUGGUGCACUUGCCAAGUGGAGAAGUGGUUUCUUCCUAUGCUUUUCUUGAACAAAUUUUAACUGGAUUAGGUUGGGAGAGGUACUAUGAUGGAGAUCCUGACCUCUACCAAUUCCACAAACACUCCUCAAUUGACCUAAUUUCCCUCCCAAAAGACUUCUCCAAGUUCAACUCCAUCAACAUGUAUGAUAUAGUCAUCAAGAACCCCAAUGUCUUCCAUGUUCGUGAUAAGUGAGUCUUCAUUGUUUCUUCACGUCGCACACUUUUCUUCUUCUCUAUUUUUGUUUAUAA